AUGCCUUAAUUAAUUAAAAAUCUCAUCUAUUCAAUAGAAAAAUUUGAUCUAUUUGGAUAGGGAGUAGGAAUAAGAUUUAAAUAAAGGUCAUGUCAUAAAACGAAAUUAGGAGGGCUCGCUACUUUAGUUAUAUGGGGCUUAAUAAUUUACUAAUCAUAUUAUAUCCUUUAUGAGCUUAUUUAUUAGGAAAAUCCUACUGUGAUUCAGUAAACAAACUAUGUUUAUUAGUAAGAGGCUUUUUAAAUAACACCUAAAAGCUUUAUAAUCGCUUUGGGAAUAUAAGAUUCGAAUUAUUAGCAUUACUUUGGAGACGGUAUUUAUACAGUAAAAGCAUUCUAAAAUGUAAUUAAUAGAAAUGAAACUGAUAUUUCAGGAACAAAUCAAGACUCUUCUUCUAAAUAAUAUGAAAUUAAAUUAGAACGUUGUAGUGAAAGACAUUUUUAAAUUGAGGAUUCUAAACAAUAUUUUAUGCAUCUCCCUUACUAAGAAAUGUAUUGUCUUUCGAUUGAAAAUAAUACUCCUUAUAUAUAAGGAGAAUUUUCAGCAAAUGCAUAUGCCUCAAUCGAGUUUUAGUUUUCUAAAUGCCAAGGUUCAAACUGUUAAAAUUAGACAGUAAUUGAUUAAAUGCUGUCAAGAGCUACUCUUGCAGUUUAUAUCUCAGAUACAUUUAUUAACAUUAAAGAAAGGAAAAAACCUUUUUAAUCAACUGGGAAGAAUUUAUUUUGGACAACAGGACCAAACUUUGAAAAGGAUAUAUUUCUAUCGCUUAUUAACUCCAAAGUAGUAAGUGACUAUUCUAGAAUUACUUCUAGUUAGUAAAUUACUCAAACAAUAUCUUAUUCGUCUGAUAGAGAAAUAGUUCUACCAAGCACCUCAAAUAUUUUAUUUGAUUUUACAGUUGUCUAUGAGAAAAACAAAGAAAACGUUUAUUAGAGGAACUAUAUGAAACUUGGUAAUGCCUUUUCUUAGGUUGGAGGAUUUUACAAUUUCCUUUUGAUGCUUGGGUAUUUAACCUUAAGACGAUUUUCAUAAGAUGACUUAAAUCAUAAACUUUUAAAUGAGGUAUUCGAUAUAAAGAAGAAGUCAAAUUAAUAAUAAUAGGUAAUUAGAGAAAGAAAAUAAGGCGAUGCUAUUAAAAAUUUCAUUCAAACCAAAAUUGAAUCUUAAAUUAUUUGCUAAAAAACUGAAAAAAAUACUCCUACUAAUUUAGCUAACAAUACUCUAACUCCUAACUUCAAAAAAGAUGAAAGUAAUUAAAAUGGAUAAGUAUUUUUUAACAACAUAAGCACAAAAGUCAAUUAAGAUGAUCAAGGUGAAGAAAGUUAGCCUCAAAUGAAAAAUAUUAAAUUUAAUUUAAUAAAAUAUUUAUGGAAUACAUGGAAAUGCUGGGGUUGCUGUAGAUCUACUGAAUCUAAACUUAUAAAUUAUGCUUCGAAUAAGAUAUUCGAUCAUUUAGAUUUAUUGAACAUAAUUAAAAAGUUAAUAGAGGUUGAUAAGCUAAAACAACUUUUACUUAAUGAAGAUUAAAUAAAAUUGUUUGAAUAUCUUCCAAAGCCUGUACUCAUCAUAGAUGACUAUAAAAAUAAAGUAGAUGAUUAGUCUAAAUUUGUAAAAGAAAAUAAAAAAGAACUUUCGUCUCCAAAUCAAUAAAUGGAUAGGAAAUAGUCUUUUGAUAGUGUUAAAAAAUCAUAUUUCAAUAUUAUUAGAAAGAAAGCUAGAUCAAUAAUAGAUAAAAAAAUUUUGAAAAUGCUUGAUCCUGAAGUCAAAAAUUAAAUCAAAUAAGAAGAUUUUCAAAAUUAGACAAAUUUAAAUCCAAUUAUAACUUUGUAAAAUAUUUAAGCCAAAGAUAAAAUUAGCUAGCCAUCAGAACUCAAUGAUCAAUACGAAGAAUCUAUAAGCAAGUUAGAUGAUCUAAACGAUAUUUUUUAACCCAAAGAUUUAAGAUGGAAUUAGAUAAAAUCUAUUACAACUAUAAAUAAAAGUCAAAAACUACUUAAAAUUAAUAGUCAUAAUACAUCAAUUAUGAUAGAUGAAAGCAAGUAGUAUAUUAAUUCAUACAACCAAUCAAAUAAUUUGUGA